UUGACUUGGCAAUUUCCACCUUCACAUAGACGCGGCAAAAUAAUCUCACGCAACUCAAGGGUAGCAUGGUAACAAAAAAAAUUUAGUUGUUUAUUUGUUGUGCGCGCUUGGCGACGUUCUAGCUGGGUACAGGGGGAAAGAAAAUAAAGAGCAACACAGCACGCAGGACGUGCCAACAUGUUGGGCAAAGACUCUAUUGCGACGCUUUGCCAACAGUCUCUGGCACAGGCACUGGUGCUGGUGAUAUUCCUCUCAGCUCCUGGCCUAUGCUACAAAAACGUGCGCCUCCAGGACAACCUGUGCUCGGACAAACUGAUUUACACACUCGCCAAACCCUUUCGCGGCGACCCCACGGUGAGGCUCGAUUUUGAGGACGAUUCGGCAGCCAUUGUUGCACAGACUUGGAAUCUCACACUGCCCCAUGGCCACUCGGCCAACAAGAUCAAAUACGAUUGCCAGUUCCGCGUGGUGACCAGCGACCGUCCGCCGCGCGGCAUCUACACAAUCAUCACCAGGCUCAAAUUCCGGCGGGAUCCAGUCUCAAAAGAGUGCAUCGACUACAUACAGUUUACUAGUGGCAAUCGCUCUCCCAGCGAGCGUAUAUGCCAUGAUAUCUCCAUCAACGGGCCGGCCGGGCGUCUAAUCUUCGAUCAGCGUGAUCGUGAAGUGAACGUGCACAUCUUCAUCGACAGAUCGCGGCACAUUCUAGGCGAUCAGUUGGAGCUGAGCAUGGUGCUGACGGCCCACUCCGAGUGCCAGUUUAACGGCGACUUCCUGUGCAAUCCCAACGACCAGUACUCAUGCAUAUCUCGGCACUUUGUGCGUGACAACGUCACCAACUGCUUGUAUCCGUGCCGCGAUGAGGGUACGUGUUUCCACGACGCCAUCGUGCCGGAGGAGAUAGACACAGCUAAUGUGGCCAUCUCGGCCAUAACGUCGCUCAUUUUCACCAUGCUCGGCGUGGGCUUCUGCGUGUGGAUUUGCUGGAAGUACUGGAACUGCAUCACGGUGCAGCAACGGGCACACGAGGCCUCAGCCGCUCGCUUCAACCAGCGACGCGUCCGGUCUGAUGUGCCCACCAUUGAGCUACCAACGGCUCCGGAAUACGAUGAUGUUGGACCACGUGAGCUGGAUCCCCAGCAGCAACCACCGCCAAUGACGCCCAAGGAUAUGCCACCCAGCUAUGAGUCGUUGUUCCCCGACAGAUAAAGCACCGUGGCACGUUGUUCCGAUUGCUCCGUUUUGUGCCAGAUCAGCAGCAACUUUGGAAUCACGCACUUGUUGUACUCGUAAUAGUCCAAUUAGGUAAAUGUCUCUCCUUAUGAACAAAUGUGUAUUCCAUGUAAAUAUGUUAGGACUGAUUUUACGUUUUCUGAUUAGCGUUAGCGUUUGCGCCCAGCAGUUUAGCGGUAAUGAAUAUCAAUCGACAUAACUCUCCCGAGAAUACUUCAUUGAGAAUACUUACUAUUGUACAUAUUUAAGUUUUAUGUUUUUUGUUCUAUUGUGAAACCGUUAAAGCUGCCUUUUAGUGAAGCCAAUCGAUCAAUGUCUCAAUGUAUUAGCCUGCACGUUGAGAACCCCAAACUCACUGAUGAAAUCUCACAGAAAUUACGAUGUUAAACGAAAUUAUAUCAAUUAUUUACCUAAGAAACCAUUAUUCUUAAGCAAAACCAACAUGUACUCGUCUCUGCAUUAGUUGGUGUAAAUCUUGUAAACGCCAGCCAUCAGCAGCACGCAUCCUGUCUGCGGGAUGGGCUCUGCGAGAAGAUGGUGGCGUCGGCAUUGCAUUCCAAAUAGUUGUACCUGUUUCUGUAUUGCAUAGAUGUUAUAUAUAUGUAUGAAUGCUACGCGCUUUUGUAGAGGUCUUUGUUAUGUGUCUGUGUACUGUGCCGGCGACACAAUUGUCAAUUGUUAAUCAGAGUAUCCCCUAUAAGUGCCGCGCCCAGCACACACCGACUCACAGAAGUAUAUGUACGUGUACUCAAAAUAUGCAGCAGAAGAGAGUUCGUGGUCAGUAGCUCCUAAGCCAAUACUCAUAUGUGUACACAAGAGAAUCGAGCACAGAAACUCACUCGAAUCCGUAUUACCGAUAAAUAAACCAACUAAAUCUCAACCAA